AUGAAGAGAGAAGGUACACUUCGAAGGACAAGUGCUACUCACAACUCGCAGGAAUCGAUACUCGCAACAGAUGCAGCUCGUAAGCUCCUGGUGGAUCCGGACUCAUCGGCCAGCUUUGUCGCCAUUUUCGACGACUUCACGAAGUCAGCAGGCUCAAAAGGCGAAGAUCUGGCAAGUGCGGCCAAGCUGUUGAAGCUCCUUGAGAAGGAAAAGCAUGUCGUGCUUUCCUCGGCGUCAGUCCCUUGCCGGCAGUUCUUCGAAAAUAUGUAUACGAGAAUGCGAGCGUACAAUGGGCACAUCGGCCAAACGGCAAUCUCGUCGUUGAACUUCAAUGCGCCGUGGAAGAUAUGCCACGGUGGAGAGCAGCAGUUCCACAUCUUCAGUGGGUGCAAGUCUUCGGAGGACAUUCGCAGGCUAAUUGCCCUGCUAAAGCGUGAUGUUUCCACACUCCGAAUGAUCACAGAUGAGACAAUCCAGCACUUGGGCAAAGAAGUUGGAAUGACCUUCGGUGAGGCUGCCAUCAAGCAGCAGUGGAUGGAUGAGCAAGAGACAUUUGCUCUCCAGGCAAAUGCAGAUACUAGUAUCGGUAACUCUUGCGAUCUGUCUGAGCUAGCUGCACCAACAGUUGAUGCAGUGCCUGCGGUUCCUACGGCAGAAGGCCAACCUUUCAGAAGCAAGGCCUUCUCGAAGAAAGCCGAGAAAGCUGGAAAGGAGGCCAAGAAGCAGGAGGCGAAGGCAAGGCGUGCCACCGAGUGUCAAGCGACUACCAAGAGCUCCAAGAAGGCCGAACAGGCUACAAACAAGACUUCCAUUGCAGAUCAUGCUGCAGAGAUGCGUCGCCAGGCAGAGCAUGCAAAGAGGGCUCAGACUCUUCGGGAACGGCUGAAGAAGAACGUGAAGGUGGUCAUCAACGAGCGUAGAGAAAAGUUUGCCUUGGAAGCAUUGGAGAAGCUCUCGAAACUUCCGGACGAAAAGAUUGCAAGUUUUUGCGAGUUCAACGUGACAGGCGUUGAACUGCCUUCAGGAAAUCCGGAGUCUCCUAGCUUCAUCAAGAGCAAACUCUCGCGGGAUACCGUGACCGUCGUUGCGACGCCUUCCGCGUUGGAGAGCUGCAAAAGAAAGUUCCGCAGCAUCGUGGCUGACACGCUGGUCCAGUUGCGCUUGGACCAAAGAUCAUGGGCGAAAAAGCUUCCAACCUCUUUCAGAGCAAAGUUCUCCACAAGUACUCCAUGA